AUGCCAGGUGGAGCCACCGUCUGCUCCGGUCACCGGUUUCAAUGUCUUCCUCUUCUUCCACACUCAACUCGUCCCCAACUCACCAAUUCAACUCGGUCUCGACUCGUUUCUGUUAACCCCCAAUCCGUUUCAUGUUUUCAUACGAAGCUUUUCUUCAAUUCCAAUCGGUUUAGUGUUACUCUAACAAGAGCUGCUGAUUCUUCAACCACCACAACUUCCCAAUCUUCUGAUGUUCCUAACAGUAGCAUCACACUUGUUCCCGAUGAUGAAAUCACAAUUACUAAGGGUAUUGUUCAAUUCUUUCGGAUUUCAUUUGGUGUGAUAGGACUAAGUCUUGGAGUCUCACUCUUGUCCUAUGGUUUUGGAGCAUACUUUAAUAUUCUCCCUGGAUCUGAAUGGUCAGCUAUAAUGUUAACAUAUGGGUUCCCUCUUGCUAUUAUUGGCAUGGCGCUCAAGUAUGCAGAACUCAAGCCAGUGCCAUGCCUCACAUAUUCAGAUGCUUUCAGAUUGCAGGAAAAAUGUGCAACUCCUAUUCUUAAGCAGGUGAAAAGUGAUGUUACCAGGUUUCGCUACGGGGAUGAGCAGCAUUUAGAAGAAGCAUUGAAACGGAUUUUUCAGUAUGGUCAAGGAGGAGGAAUUCCCAGAAGAAGUGCACCUGUUCUACAAAUAAUUCGUGAAGAGGUCACACAAGAUGGAAAAUACUCUUUGGUCUUGGUCUUCGAGGCUAAGUCUCUGAAGUUGUCUGAUUUUGAACAGAGACAGGCUAAAUUUACUUCAUUCUUUGGGCCUGGAAUUACCGGAGAAGUUGAUAAGGGCGAAAAUGAUUUUUACGAGGUUCGACUUAUCUUCAAUACAGACCCUAAUGCAACUUCUUCAUGA